CAUUGAUAGUCUCUCGUCCUUCCAAGAUUCCUUCGCGCCACCGUCCAGCUGAGUAGAUCCCUGCGCUCGCGAGGUGAGCCAGGAUUUGAGGAGAGGAGAGCACGCGAAGACGUUUCACACUCAGCUCGAUAAAACAUGCACAUCCUCGGCGUCCCGUUUGCGCUGCUUUGGCUUCUCUCCGGCUCCUCCUGCGCUCUCGGUGGGAAAGUCAACAAGCACAAGCCGUGGAUAGAGACCUCCUACCAUGGAGUGAUCACAGAGAACAUGGACACGGUGCUGCUGGACCCUCCACUGGUGGCGCUGGACAAGGACGCCCCAGUUCCUUAUGCUGAAAGGGAGCAUUUUUUCUCACCAUGUAACAGGACAACCCUACAAACAAACAAAAAAGAGGAAAAGAGAAAAGAGAGAGUGAAUCCUUUUGUGGAGGCUUGGGACCAGGACUGUUCACCGCAGUACAGUCAGAUCUGUAACUAUGAAAUUGUGACUGGGGGAACCCCAUUUGCCAUAGACCGCAAUGGUAACAUCAGAAACACGGAGCGACUGAGUUAUGAAAAGCAGCAGAGCUACAGGAUUAUGGUGUCUGCCUUUGACUGUGGUCAGAAGAAAGCAAAAGAGGAUGUGGCGGUUCACAUUGAAGUCAAGCCUGUGUGCAAACCCGGAUGGCAAGGCUGGAACAAGCGAGUGGACUACGAGCCGGGGACCGGAAGCAAGCAGCUCUUUCCCAAGAUGCACCUGGAGACAUGCGGCGGCCCGCUGUCAGGUGUGAAGGCCAUGGUGGAGCUGCAGACGAAUCACAUCGGAAAGGGCUGCGACCGUGAAACCUACUCUGAAAAGUCUCUGCAGAAACUUUGUGGGGCAGCCUCGGGCAGCACCGACCUCCUUCCUGCUCCGAGCCCCGCCACAAACUGGACCGCGUCCCUCCUCACCGACAGCGGGCGCGAGAGCGACCUCAUCUACAGGUUUGAUGGGCGCCAGGCUGCAAAUGUUCCGGACCACGUGGUGCCCCAGAACCUGACGGACCAGUUCACCGUAGCAACGUGGAUGAAACACGGGCCGAGUCCGGGACUUAGAGCCGAGAAGGAAACCAUACUGUGCAACUCUGACAAGACAGAGAUGAACCGCCACCACUACUCUCUGUAUGUUCACAACUGCCGCCUGGUGUUCCUGCUCAGGAGAGAUUUCACGCAGAUUGACACUUUCCGACCCGCUGAGUUCCACUGGAAGCUGGAGCAGAUCUGUGACAAGGAGUGGCACUACUACGUGAUCAACGUGGAGUUUCCUGCAGUGACGCUCUUCGUCGACGGCGUGACCUACGAGCCGUACCUGGUGACGGACGAUUGGCCGAUUCAUUCCUCAAAAAUUGAUACCCAGCUGACUGUGGGUGCCUGCUGGCAAGGUGGUGAGGUGGCAACGCCGAGGUUCACUCAGUAUUUCCACGGCAGCCUCUCCGGUCUGACGAUCCGACCGGGCCGCAUUGAAACCCAGAAGGUUAUCUCCUGCUUGCAGGCCUGCAAAGAAGGCCUCGACAUUAACUCCCUCGAAAGCCUUGCUAAGGACAUAAAGUUUCACUUCAACCCGGCCCAGUCGGUGCUGGUGGUGGAAGGAGAGGAUGUGGACAGCAUCAACACAGCCAUGACCAAAGUCUCUUACAUCAACUCUCGGCAGUUCCCCACACCCGGUCUCAGGCGGCUGCACAUCUCCACAUCUGUACAGUGUUUUGGAGAGGACACGUGCAUCUCCAUCCCGGACAUCAAGGCGGUGGUCAUGGUGCUGCCGCCCAGUGAACCCAGAAUCACCAUUUCAGGAUCCAAGCAGCUCGUCCGACCCGCCAGCGCCCUCCGCAGCCCGCUGGGCGUGGCGCCCUUCAAAGAGCUGCGGAUCACCAGCACAGUGAUGAAGGGGGACAGCUUUGGUGGAUUCCGCCGGCCAGGGGUGAUGGAGGUGAUGCACAACCUGGACUACUGUGAUGUGCUUGUAAUCGGAGACGAACUGGAACCAGAGAGAGAGAGCCUGGAGAUUCAGCACAGCGCUUUACUGGGAAAACACCUCGAUGCCACCAACUCCACCUCUGGAAUAUCAAUAUAUGGUGUGGACUCCAUGGCCCACUAUGAGCAGGUCCUGAGGCAGCUGCGCUACAGGAACUGGAGACCCGCCUCUCUGACGGAGAGGAGGUUCAGACUUACCUGCUCCGAACUCAACGGACGCUACACCAGCAACGAGUUCAACCUGGAGAUCAGCGUUCUUCACCACACUGCGCCCAUGGAGCACGUUAAUCACAUGGCCGCCCAGUCCCAGUACAUGAGACCGGUCCAUCACCCGCUGAUGAUCCACACCCCGAACUCUCACAUGUCAGGUCCAGCGCCCCCUGCAGCCACAGUUGUCAUUGUGGUGUGCAUCGCCGCCCUGGUGAUCAUCGUGGUGAUCGGGAUCUACAGGAUCCACGCCACACACCAGGAGGGCUCCAGAGAAGAAGAGGAUGAGAUCAAGGAUCCAGAGUCGGACUGGGAAGGCUCUGGACUCAACAUCACCGUCAACCCCAUGGAGGACAUGAGAGGACCCCAGGCGCCGGGAGAAGCUGCGAGAGGAGAAGAAUGUGAGGAGGAGGAUGAAGAAGACGACGCCGAGCUGGUGGGAGGCAUGACGAUCGUUGAAUCAGACAGCAGCGAUGAAGACGAAGAGGAGGGGAACAAAGGAAGAGAAGAGGUUAACGGGAGGAAGCAGAAGGGGAAACCUGAGUGGGACAGUUCAUGUGGAACAUACUGAGCACACACACAGGAAUCUGACUACACACACACAGUGGCUUUAUCUCUCAACUGCACGCACACACACACACACACACACACACACACACACACACACACACACACUAUGCAGGCAUUAACACAUGCUUGCCACAUCUACAACACACACACACACAUAAAUUUUCUGAUCAAAUAAAUUAUAAUCUUUUGCUGGAAAAAUACACAAAUUCUCCCAUAUUGUCGUUUUUGAAGUAAUAUCGCCCUCUUCUGGACAAAGUCAAACAUACAGUUAGCUGCAGUGCCACAGUGCUGGAAGUCAUUAUCCGAGUGUUUGCCAUUAUUCCCGCCUCUGUCAGUGAGRCAGAGCAUCCAUAAAGACCCAAAGUAAGCACAUGUGUCAUUUCAUUGUGUGUGUGUGCGCGCGCGUGUGUGUGUGCAGACAAGUCUGAAGUUUUUCUUCAUAACACAUAAAACUCAUCUCUUGUCCCAGAAUUUAGUACAGUGUGCUACAAAAAGUAUUCAUACUCUAAACUUAUUACAACCAAACCUCAAUGUUUUUAGCUGGGAUUAUAGGUGAUAGACCAACACAGAGCGACACUUAAAGCCUCUAAGUGGUUUUCUAUCAACGUCCAUCCAUCUUCCAAAGACCAGCCUGUCGUUCUUUGACGAAUAAGAGCGUCCCUACAGCAUGAUGCCGCCUCCUCUAUCUUUCCCCCGGUAGUGAUGAUGCGUUCAGGCUCGUGUGUAGGGAUAGUUCUCCUUGGCAAAAUGUUGUGUUUUGCAUUUAAUCCAAAACGUUCAAUGUUGGUGUCAUGUGAGCAGAGCAUCCAGCUCACAUGUUUACUGUGUCAUCUAGUUGACUUGUGGCAAAGUGAAAAUGGGGGUUUUUUUUUUAUCCAUUUCUUUCAACAAUUGCUUCCACACACGCAAUUUUGGUACUUGGCAGAAAUUGCAAAACUUGCGAUUAAUUGUGGAUUACAAGAAAACAAAGUAAAAAGAAAAUAAAUGACAUAUUCUCACUAUAUUGAUGUAAAAAGAAACUAUUCAGGAAAUUUGUAGCAUAUAUAACCUAUCGACAGAUUCUCCCACCUGAGCUUUGAUUCUCUGCAGCUCCUCCAACACUACCACGGGCCUCUGAGCUGCUGCUUUGCUUAACGCUCUUCUUCCCAAGCCUCUUCGUUUAGGUGAAAUCUCAUUUCCAGUUUUUCCUAUGCAUAUCGCAGAUUUAAAUGUCGAGAUGAUGGAUUGAACAGCACUUCUUGAAAUGKCAGAGUUGCAGUGGAUUUCAUUUAUCUUUCCCUCGUUCACAUUCGUGAACUCGUUUGUCCUGGUUCAUCACWUAGAAUCCCUUCGACAUGUCUGGUUGUAAAAAGGACAAAAUGUGAAGAAAAAAAAAAGUUUGCAAGCUAUGAAUACUUAAGCAAAGCGCUGUUCACCUGUCCUAACAUUACUUUUUGUGUUCACGUCUUAACCGCAUUGUCUGCAGAUCAAACGUAUGAAUACACGUGUCCACAGGUUAAAUAUAUGCAUAAAACUUUUAGAUAUAGAUUAUUGAAUCUAAAUAUUCUGUGUGGUGUAGCGAUGUUGUUGUUCAGUGUCCGUCAUCCCUGUCUGCAGCCUCACGCCUCCCUCUUCUGCAUGAGCAGCGCUGUGGCUCUGCGGCCUGCGCAUCGUCAACAAUAUGGGAUCUCUCACUACAAAWCAUUCCUCAUUUCUUCUAUGUUGCGUACAAUGUCGUUGCAACAACAGAUUAUGCGUAGCAGCCAUUCCUCCUCUAGUUUUUGCUAGGCUUUUAAAGCUAACUUAAUCAUGUUUUUUCUUUUGUUUUAUCCCCAAACCAUUUCUGUCUUGAAUCAGAAGUCUUUAAUCGUAUUAAGCUACUUUAAUUCAGACCUGAAGGCCAACGCUGGCCUCAAACUGAAAGAUAAAGAGAGGCCAAUUUUUUUUUUUAAAAUUGUGAUUUCCUGGUUUGGUUAAAAGCAAUAUGUAAGUGAGUCUAUAACUUACACAGGACUUUCAUGAUCAUAGGCAUCACCAUGACUACCACCCAGCAUCACCCUGCAGCAAGGUUGAACUCUGAGAAACGGCGAUAGAAGAGAUUUUUAUUUUUUUAAGUUUAAAUGAGUUUUGAAUGUAACGUGUAAACAUAAGUCAGUCUGACUGAGAGGUUCCCUCUCCAUCUCCUCACAACCUCAUAACGGCGCCGAUCAGAAGUUUACAUCCACUCAGCAUGAGCAUGAAUAUUAUAUCACUUUUGGACUUUGUUUACACCUCUUAACACACACACAUGCACAUGCACACGCACGCAGACACACACACACACACACACUACAAAGCUGGGUGCACUAAUUUGAUUUUCUUUUGAACUUUCUCUAAUACACUCAACGGCAAAUUAGAUAUUAGGUCAAAUAUGUGCACACACCCUAAAUAUUAGAAUAAAUGUCUCUUAGCAUCUUGCAGCGCAAAUAAAACAACCAAACGAAUGAUACACUCAUGCCGAUAAUGAGUGGAUGUAAAAAAAAAAAAACUGACCAGAACUAUAAGCAUUCAAGUGUUGGUGCUUUCCACCCACCCACUGAGACAAAAGCAGUUUAUAUCCUUUAGACGCUUAAAGGGAAGAGCUGACGUGAAGGUUUUUCAGAGUUCGCCUUCUCUCUGAAAGGUUUCCAUGACCCAUAUCUGCGUCCUAACAGCCCCACGAAUCCAGCUUUUAAAACCUGCAUUUCGCUUCAAACGAAAGGCGAUCCACAGAGCGCGUUAUGCAAACGUCUCCACUGACCGAGCGGCCCUGCUCGACGACGGCAAACCUUCCUCUGUAAAAUCUGUGGAGCGCCCCUUUGCACUCCCACCCUGAACCUUUAGAGGAAAACUGUUUCUUGUCCUGCCUCCGUCCCUCCUGCUGUGACGGAACCAGAGUCAUCCUCAACUAUGACGACACCCUGAAUUCACCCUACAGAUUCAUAUUAAGUGUCCAGUACGUAGAGUUAUAACCCGAGGCUAGAGCGGCUGGGAAAAAACCCCACAGCCUGGUUCCCCCCUCCUCACCUGUGAUGUACGUGCUCUCUAACAGACAUGUCGCGUGUCCACCUGUCCUUUAAAACACCUGUGCUCGUGGCGUCACCAUUGUGAAACAACUGCCCUGUUUUCUUUGUCAUAAUAUGCUUCGUAAACAUUAAGGAUAAAGAGGUUCUUUUACAUAUAAAACGAAACCCUGUAAAAAUGUUUAAGACCGUUAUUUUAUAUAUCUGUUUCCUUUUCUUUUUGUAAACUAAAUAGUUGGGAUUUAUCUCUAUCUGGUGGUCAUCCCACGGCUUUCUGUAAAUUGAUCAAUAAAGAAUUGUUUUAGACUCUA